UGUUCUGUAUUGUUCUCCGUCAGAAAGAUCGCUAUCGUUCUUUUCUGAUUGGCGGCUGAACUGAAUAUUCACAAAAUAUUGUGCCGACUAACUAACAGAGUGCACGUAUUGAAAUCACUUGUGCAUCAUAGGGAAAACAGAGCGCCUGAACAUGCAACUGUGGCUAGUUGGGGUUGGUUUUCUCUACCUUUCGCUUCCAGUCGCACUGGGUUUGAGGUGUUAUGUUUGUAGCUCCUCCAAGUCAUGGGACGACUGCAAGACAACAAGUCACAUUUGUCCGAAUGGCUUUGACAUGUGCAGCAAAGUGUACUUUAAGAACGCCGGCAUUCAAUCUUUCAGGAAAUACUGCAUUCCCAAAGCUGGAUGCAGUAAGGACACCGACCCUACAUGUAAAAAUGCCGUUGGAUCGUUCGAAUGCCAAAUUGACUGCUGUUCCACCGACGACUGCAAUGCCGGUACAACUGUCCGUGUCAGUGGUAUCAUGUUGCUGACAUGCGCCCUGGCAUAUGUGAUGAUUGUUGCCAAAGCUUGAAAACUUUAGUCGAGUUCAAAGUUUAAAGAAAGCUGUUAUAAACCCGUUUAGAGACAUAUUUAAAGCUAGCUGUUGUUCGGUCACUUAAUGGCUUAGCGGUUGGUUAGUAGCUCUUGGUAAUAAUUCUUGUUUGAUCUAUUGCAUUUCAACAUCUUAUUUGGUGCGACUUUCGACAAGUAAGAUUUAAGGUGUUUGGAAACUAUUGAUGUUUAGGUGCAGUAUGUAAAGGUGAUAAAUACUUAACAAAUAACUGUAUUUCGGCGUUCACUACUUUUAUAAUUACUAUAUUGUUGGUUUCUCUUUUUCUGCAUAAAUGAUAAUUGAGUUGCAAAGAAAGUGCCAAAUCUUGAUCAAAUAAAUUGUUCCAUACUCCGGA